CUACUAAGUGCCAGGUGGCACAAUUUCAUUCUCAUGUGAGCCAGAUUUUACUAAAGAGUUACUGUUUCUAACAUUUUUUACUAGCUUUUAUGUGGACCGUUGUUGUUCAUGUCUUAGGGCAUUUAAAGAAUGGGACCCACAUGAUGGACAGCGUAGAUCUAACGACUGAGGUGUCAUGCUUGGUGGAAUCUAUAUAUAGCUUGCUUCCCUUGGCCAUCUAAACACAAAGAAGAUUGUGUUUUCUUCCUUCAAAGCGUUGUUUGCACUGCCCCGCCCAGGAAGAAAAAAGUAUCAAUUUCCUGGUAUAAGAUAGAGCACGCAUGGCUGGUCGAGGAGGAAACGAUGUUACAUUUACAAGCGAGUUAGAGAAUUAUUCGGACGCCAUACGACAUGCUGGUGAAAAGCUGUUCGAACACCUUAUGAAUCGGACUAUUCAAUUCGUCAAUGUGAUAGGGUGUAAUGGUAUUGGAAGAUGGAGGAUCAUCGAAUAUGCAGCUCGAAAGUUGAAGGGAUCUGAUCUCUUCGACGUGCAGAUACAGGUAAAGAUACCGAAAGGAGAUCUCAAUCCUGAAAGAGUGCAGAUGGAGAUCGUGGAACAGUUAAAAUUGACAGGCAACGUUAAUCUUGAUGGCGUCCAAACCAAGUCUAUUGUAGCUGCAGGCGAGAUCUAUAAAUCGUUGGUGCGGCGGACGUUCUUGCUAAUUGUUGGAGAUGUGAGCAGUGAAAUCAAAGUGGAUUUGAUGGGAAUUCCCCUACCCAGAGAAGCUCCAUAUGAUUCCAAGGUCGUUUUUGUGAGAGACGAAAUGAUGCCGACAGUUGCUGUGCCGCAAUACAAUGUGACCAUCGACUUUGAGAAGUUGUCCGAAGACAUGUUACUCGAAGAGGCCAGUGAUGUGUCCCAUUCUACUGGCAUCCAGGGCUACUUUGCUCCCGAAACCAUUCUCUACUGCUUGCUGUUCUUCUGGUUUUUCUCAAUUUCUCGAUAUAGUAUGUAUUAUGUGACAAGGAUUUGGAGGGCGGAGGGAGUUAUUAUUAGAAGGGAGACAGAGGAAGAUGAAGAAUAUGAUUCCACGCUUGUGGAGAAGGUUCGCAUUCUACUGAGAGAGUUCGAGCUUCGUUCUCUGAUUCAAUUAACUGAAAGGGAAGCACAUUGGACACUGCCGGAUUGGGCAGAGGAAAAUGACCGUGGUCAUAAUCUAGCAAAUGCUUUAACUCAUGGGAGAUACAGGAUUUACUUACCACCGAAGAGGAAAUUAUUGGACACCUAUUGGCCAACGGAACUCCCUCUAGAAUGCCACAAACUCUCCUCUCUACAGCUUGGGGGGUGGAAUUAUUUCCACUCCGAUUUCGAAAUCGUCAUACCAGACCCUUUUUUUAAGCAAAUGCAGGGCCUUCGAGUCCUGCGUCUUGAUCAACUAAGUAUCAAAACUCUGCCCUCCUCCAUCGCCUGCUUGCACAAUCUCAGACUUCUCAGUAUAUCUGAAUGCCAACACUUAAACUCUCUCCCCACUUCCAUUCAAGCUCUUUACAAUCUCGAGUUCCUUUAUGUUGAACAAUGUUCUUCUUUCGAAACAAUGCCAGAUGAGUGCUUUCGACAAAUGACCAACCUUCAAUUUCUCAAACUCCAUGGAACGAGCAUCAGGUCACUGCCUUCCUCUGUUUCCAAGCUACACACCAUCCAUCAACUCAACUUAACAGAAUCCCCCUCUUUAAUGAAAAUCUCAAAUGAGACCUUCGAAUGUAUGGAGCGGCUUCAGAUUCUUAGCUUGAUCGGUGCUUCUAAUCUAGAAUCUCUGCCAUCCUCUCUCUCCAAGUUGGUCAAUCUUAGGCAACUCCUGCUAGCGAACUGUUCUUCCCUAAAGAUGAAGUUGCUGCCGCAUUUGCAAAAGCUCUCCGCACUCAAGGAGCUUGAUCUCGAAAACUGUAAUUCCCUGGAAGAUAUUGAGGAUCUUUCUACUUCUCUUGGAAAUAUCUUGCCAAACCUCCGAAAGCUCUAUCUUUCCGGAAUCGAGGCAAUUUCGCAGGUCUCCUUGAAUGGCUGCCAAAGCCUAGAGUCUGUUAGCCUGAACCAGCUCACAAACCUUCGAAAGCUCAAUAUUUCAGGUACCAAAAUCAAAUGCUUUCCUGAAGAUAAUAUGGUCGACACUAAUCAUCUAAGGCGCCUGGACUUCCAAUGCAUGAAUCACCUUCAAGAAAUUAAAUGGGAUGAUCUAAGUACCGAGCUCGAAUAUCUCAACAUCGAUCAGUGCAACACGGGGGAUAAUAAAUGGCACGGAGAUACAGUUGGGGCUCACAUAAGGGUAAGUAAUUACCAUCUUUUACAAUCCUUGACAGCAGACUCAAAAUUGUGGGGAGCAAAAUGCUUCUCUCGAUUCCAUAUAUGCAUCUCUCCUUGCCAAGAAGAAAAACGUCAAAGGCGAUUUUUAUAUGCAAAAAUGGGUUUCAAGACACAAAUACCUAAUUUACCUUCAGAAAGACAUUUCGAUAGGCAUUUGGAGAUCCGAGGAGGUGAUACUUCCCCCUACAUUGCUACUCAUUAUUUUCUCAUUCGAACGGAAUUAUUCACUCUGUGUGACAAUGCCUUCGUCCAUAGAUUGUCGGAUUUUUGCAUUGUGGAUGCAAUAACAGAACUGAGAGAAUGCCGGGUUGAGAGUUGCAAGAAUUUGGAGAAAUUUUUUGAAGGAGUGAAUCUAAGCUCUGCCACUUUAAGUUGCCUCGAGAAUGUGUGGAUGUCUAACCUUCCAAGACUGAAGAGCGUGUGCGAGGGCAGAUAUGCGAGCAAAAGCUUCACACUCCUGAAACAUAUAUAUCUGGAGCGCUGUCCGAGACUCAUUGUCGUCUUCUCGUCAGGCGUAUGCUUAACAAACCUGGAAACUCUGCAUAUCAAGUUCUGCACUAGACUGGAGGCAGUGUUUCGAGGGGUAGCUAAGGAAGAAGGUUCGCUCCAACGACUACACACGGUGUGUCUGUGGGAGCUACCUAAGCUGGAGAGUAUUUGCAGUGACGUGUGCUUGGGGGCAUUGAAGAAACUGAGAGUGGGUGGAUGUCCGAAGCUGAAUAAGCUUCCUCUUCAAAUCUCUAAUGACAAUGCUGCUGCUUCUACAACUGUUAUCGGUGGGGGUGGUGUUAAGGUGGAAGGCGAGUUAGUAUGGUGGGCCAGCCUCAAGUUGGAAGGAGACAACAUCAAGCGCCAUGUCUACUUCAAAGAACGCCGACCUUUCAACAGGCGCUGA